AGUGCAGCCAGACGCCAGCAGCAGCAUCCAGCUCGGAGGUAACGGCGCGCACAAACCCAGCUGGCCAUAUUGUGCACCAGCUCCUCACAAAACGGCUGCGUCACAUCCAAACACCCGAGAAAAGCGCAGGGACAAUAAAAGCACCACAGCGGGGGAAACAACACCGUCUUUAAACGCAACUGGGCUGAGCUGGUUGGAGUCUAUCUCACAGGGAAAAUGGUAAAACUGGGGAAUAAUUUCAGUGAGAAAAACAACGGGAAGGUGGUUUCUGAAGACGGAUUUGACACCAUCCCCCUCAUCACACCUCUAGAUGCCAGUCAGCUGCAGUUCCCACCACCAGACAAGGUGGUGGUGAAGACAAAGGCAGACUAUGAUGGUGAGAGCAAGAAAGGAAAGCUACGAUCUCCUAAAAUUGCUGAGUUCUCAAUAAGCAUCAUCGAAGGUGUAUCCGAGCGACUCAAAGUGACCUUGCUGGUGAUCUGUGCCCUGGCCUUCCUGGUGUGUGUGGUGUUCCUGGUGGUCUAUAAAGUCUACCAGUACGAGCAGCCGUGUCCUGACAGCUUCAUCUACACGCAAGGUCGCUGCAUGCCAGCAGGAAUGUACGGCAACUAUCCCCCUCAGGGCCCUGGGGGGCGCGGACGCCUCUUCACUCUCAUCAACCACUACAACAUAGCCAAGCAGACCAUCACCCGGUCAGUAUCACCAUGGAUGACGAUCAUGUCUGAGGAGAAGGUCACCCAGCAGGAGACGGAGACGGCCCAGAAGCUGGCUUAACCCACCUGGUACCAGGAGGUGGCCUCAACCGCCGCAGAAAAAUAAAUAAUACGGUUGUGCCAUUCAAGCAAACCUCAGAGUCCUGUGGCUUUCUGUGGGGUCAGAUCAUCUGUUGUUGCCUGAGGUGCUACACUGCCUUGUUGAUGUAGUUUGGUUAUCUGACGUGUGCUGAGGCAGGGAAUCAGUUGAAGUAAUGGUGGCGUUUUCAGCAAAGUGAGGCUUACAGUUGAGCGGAUUCCUGGUUUGUUUGAAUCGCAUAUGUCGUUAUUUAUUAUUUAAACAACAAAACAGAGUGGCCAACGUGUAGAAAAAAGCCACAGCGAUACAAACACUGACACACACCCACUGUCUUUGUACAUACACGUGUAACAGACUCACUUUAGUACUCAGAUUGUGAAAUGACUGUGAAUCAUCUCAUGUCUGCGGCGCUUGUUUAAACGCACUCGCACGCACGACUCUAAUAACAAUUUGCUUUGAAUCUCCUUCUUUUUCAAAUACUGACUGCGCAUGUAAGACCUUCUGAGAGCAGCGAAGGGUGUAUUUUCAUGAAGCAACAAUAUUUUGUGCAUAUUGCCAUUGCGGUCAUCUGUGUCCAAAUAUUUUACUGUCAUAUUGUGAAUAACUGAAGCUUGACAAGGAGGACACCUUUUAACCAGCGAUUAAAAAACUAUUUAAAGUUACGUUGUUCUCAUUCAGCCCAUACUGCUCUCUGCAUAUAGUGCUGUAAGGAGUUUUAGUAUUUGACGCAUCAAGUCUUUUUAACCAGCAUUAAUGAUUGUCUCCAUCCUCAUUUCAACUCUGUGAACACCAUGUGCUUUUUUUGAUGGCUAUACCCGACUUAUUUAGUGGUUACUUUUCAUUGCAUAACUUUUGUACUUUCUGUAUUGAAUGUUUUUGCAUUGCUGGUGAAAACACUGUAUUGUGCAAUGCUUGGCACCGAUUAAUGUCACCACAGAUGGCUAGUGGUAGCCAUCGUAGACACUAGACUUAGGUUGAUGUAGUGGAACAAACUGACAAAAAGUAGUUGCUUGUCCUGUUGCUUUUUCCUGUAUGUCAUUUAACUUAAAUUGUCACAAAACAUGUACCUUUUUCAAACAAUGUAAUGAUUACCAUUAAAGUGCAUUUGCUACAUAAAAAUGUAAAAUGAAAAACUGAAAUAAAGUGCCCACAUUUCACACCAA